AUGCAUGCAGCGUGCCUGCAGCUCCUGGGGCGGCGAAUCAGCAAUCGCUCCUCUCCUGAGGAGAAAGGCAGCGAGCCCAGUGCUGAUGGCAGCAGCAGCAAAAGGCAAAGGAUAAGGAACUGCGAAGAUGAAGCUCAUCUGCAGUUAUCUACUACAAAACGUCCCGAAGAAAGUGAAAUGGUUUCAUCUGAAGUGAAAAUCAUCCAGCAAACAUCAAAUCCAGUAAUAACACCUUCCAACCCUGCUCACAAUGGCCGUGUAUGCAGCACAUGGGGCAACUUCCACUUCAAGACUUUUGAUGGAGACAUCUACCACUACCCUGGGCUCUGUAAUUAUGUUUUCGCAUCCCAUUGCAACACUCCUUAUGAAGAAUUCAACAUCCAGAUUAGGCGUACCCUGGUGGAAAAUGUUCCUAUAAUCCACCGCAUUGCCAUAAAACUUGAAGGUGUAGCUGUUGAGCUAACAAAGGAUACUGUCCUGAUCAACAGCAACAGAGUUCAACUGCCAUACAGUCAAGCUGGAAUUACUAUAGAGAGAAGCAGCAUUUACGUGAAAGUUGUCAGCAAAGCAGAUAUUGUAUUUAUGUGGAAUCAGCAUGACAGUAUCUUGUUAGAACUGCAUGAGAAAUAUGCCAAUCAGACCUGUGGUCUUUGUGGGGACUUCAAUGGCAUUCCAGUUUACAAUGAGUUCUAUUCAAACAAUAUCAGAAUGACAGCCUUACAGUUUGGGAAUAUGCAGAAGUUGGAUGGGCCGACAGAGUACUGUGAAGACCCAACUCCUUCCUCAUCAGAUAAUUGCACAUAUGACUUUGAUGACAUAUGUCAGAAAACAUUGACCAGCUUUGCAUUUGAAGACUGUAAUGGCCUAGUUAAUGUUAGUGAGUACAUUAGGGCUUGCCGAGAAGACUUGUGCCGCUCUGAAGAGUUAAAAAAUGCCUCAUGUAUCUGUGAUACUAUUGCUGAGUACUCCCGGCAGUGUGCUCAUGCUGGUGGGGAACCUUUGAACUGGAGAACCUCAAAACUGUGCCCCAAGACAUGUCCUUACAACAUGCAGUAUUCGGAGUGCAGCUCCCCCUGCACUGACACAUGCACUAAUCCUGAACGAUCUCAGUUUUGUGAAGAGCACUGUAUGGAUGGUUGUUUCUGCCCCCAAGGAACCGUUUUUGAUGACAUAAACAAUUCUGGCUGCAUCUCCCGUCAGCAAUGCUCCUGUAUUUACAAUGGCAACACUUAUGCUCCAGGAACUUCUUUCUCAGAGCAGUGCUAUUCCUGUACAUGCAAUGGAAGCAAAUGGAAUUGCGAAGAUAUGUCAUGUCCAGGAAUAUGUUCCGUAGAGGGAGGCUCGCACAUUUCGACAUAUGAUAAAAAGCAUUAUGAUGUCUAUGGAGACUGCACUUACGUCCUUUCUAAGCACUGUGAAGAUGAAAUAUUCACCAUCCUGGUAGAACUACGCAAAUGUGGCAUGACAAGCACUGAAACAUGCUUAAGGACAGUGACCCUCAGCUUGAAUAAAGGACAAACGCUCGUUGAGGUCAAAAGUGAUGGUGGUGUGUUUGUGAACUCAAUCUACACCCAGCUGCCAAUCUCAGCAGCCAAUGUCACCAUCUUUAGACCUUCAUCAUUCUUCAUCAUCAUGCACACAAAUAUUGGUAUCCAGGUUGAAAUCCAGAUCACACCCAUCAUGCAAAUGUUUGUGCGAUUGGACCCUGUGUUCAAAGACCAAACCUGUGGUCUUUGUGGAAAUUUCAAUAAUGUCCAAACUGAUGACUUUAAGGCCAUAAGUGGAGUAGUUGAAGGAACAGCAGCAGCAUUUGCUAAUACAUGGAAAACUCAGGCUUCUUGCCCUGAUAUCCAGAACAGUUUUGAGAACCCCUGUGCACUCAGCAUCGAUAAUGAAAAAUAUGCUAAGCAUUGGUGUGGGCUACUAACUAACAGAGAAGGACCUUUUGCUGGUUGUCAUUAUCUACUGAAUCCCUCUACUUACUACAUGAACUGCAUGUUUGACACGUGCAACUGUCAAAACAGUGAGGGCUGUCUGUGUGCAUCCCUUUCUUCCUAUGUGAGAGCUUGUGCUGCAAGAGGAAUCCAAAUAAAUGGGUGGAGGACUAAUGUCUGUUCAAAGUACACCACCUCAUGUCCCAAAUCCCUAAGUUACAGCUAUACCAUCGAUUCAUGCCAACCCACAUGUCGCUCUCUAAGUGAGCCUGAUAUCACAUGCAAAAUUAAGUUUGUCCCAGUUGAUGGCUGCACCUGCAUAAAUGGAACCUACAUGGAUGAAAGUGGCAAAUGUGUGCCUGCUGAUGAAUGCCCCUGUUACUAUCGAGGAUCUCCCAUACCACUUGGAGAAGUUGUCCGUGAAAAUGGGCUUGUAUGCACUUGCAUCCAGGGAAAACUGAAUUGCAUUGGAGAACCCGAUCAAAUUCCAGUUUGUGAAUCUCCCAUGUUCUACUUAGACUGUAGAAACAACACAGCAGGAACAACUGGAUCAGAGUGUCAAAAAAGCUGUCAUACUCUGGAUAUGCAGUGUUAUAGCACACAGUGUGUAUCUGGCUGUGUGUGCCCAUCUGGACUUGUGUUAGAUGGGAAGGGUGGUUGUAUUCCUGAAGAGGAAUGUCCAUGUAUUCACAAUGGAGCCACGUAUCAAUCCGGGGAAAAGAUCAAUGCUGACUGUAAUACCUGUGUGUGCAAGAAUAGGAUGUGGGAAUGCACCAAAAAACAAUGCCUGGGCACGUGUGCUGUUUACGGAGAUGGACAUUAUACCACCUUUGAUGACCAGACAUUCAGCUUCAGUGGAAACUGCAAAUACACGUUAGUCCGGAACCACUGCGGGAAGAGUGACACAGUGAAUGGGACCUUCCAGGUUAUCACUGAAAAUAUUCCCUGCGGCAGCACUGGGACAACUUGCUCAAAAUCUAUCAAAGUUUUCUUAGAGCACUAUGAACUGAUACUCAGUGAGGAGCGUGUCAGUGUGAUACAGAGAGGACAAGGUGGUGAAGUACCAUUCACAGUCCGUUACAUAGGUAUGUACACAGUGAUUGAUACCACCAGCGGACUGAUCCUCAUGUGGGACAAGAAAACCAGCAUCUUCAUCAAGCUGAGCGCUGAAUUUAAGGGUCAGAUCUGUGGCCUCUGUGGAAAUUAUGAUGGCAAUGGCAUCAAUGACUUCACUACAAGGAGUCUGUCUGUAGUGGAGGAUGUCCUAGAGUUCGGAAACAGCUGGAAAGUAUCCUCCACAUGUCCUGAUGCUCACUUCUUAAAGGACCCAUGCUCUACCAACCCUUAUCGAAAGUCCUGGUCAGAGAAGCAGUGUAGCAUCAUCAACAGCAAUGUCUUUGCUGCCUGUCACUCACAGAUUGAACCAGCAAGAUAUUAUCAAGCCUGUGUGACAGAUGCUUGUGCCUGUGAUUCUGGAGGAGACUGUGAUUGUUUUUGUACAGCAGUAGCUGCCUAUGCUCAAGCAUGUAAUGAAGUUGGUGUCUGUAUAGCCUGGAGAACCCCAUCAAUUUGUCCACUGUUCUGUGAUUACUAUAAUCAACAAGGAGAAUGUGAAUGGCACUAUAAGCCUUGUGGAGCCUCCUGUAUGAAGACCUGUAAGAACCCAAGUGGAAAAUGCCUCCAUAACUUGCCAGGUUUAGAAGGCUGCUACCCCAACUGCCCACCAGACAAGCCAUAUUUUCAUGAGGAUCAGAUGAAGUGUGUCAGUCUCUGUGACUGUUAUGAUAAUGAAGAUGGAAAGAUAUAUAUGCGGGAUAAAUGUCAAUUAUGCGAGUGCACAUCAGAAGGUUUACAGUGCAAGUUUGAUGAUAAAGAAAUGGCAACCACAACACCAGCAAGAAGUGUAUGCGUGAAGUAUAUAUGUGAGUGGUCAGAAUGGUAUGACGGGACAGAGCUUGAAAAUGAAGAGGAAACCUUUCAAUAUAUCACAGGACAAGGAAAAAGCACUUGUAAUACCACGAGCAGCAUUGAAUGCAGAGUACAUAAACACUCAGAUAAGACAAUAAAAUAUCAUAACCAAAAGAUACAAUGCAAUAAAACCACUGAAUUGAAAUGCAAUAACAAAGACCAAGAAGAUAAGAAAUGCUUCAAUUACCAAAUCAGAGUAUUAUGCUGUAAAUAUAUAUCAUGUUCAGAAAUAACAACUACAACACCAAAACAAACACAACAAACUACAUUCACAACUACUGAAACAACAGCAAUUCCAAUACAGACAAAGAAUAAAACAACAAUGUCACAAAUAGGAACAAAAUCACAACAAAAAGAAACAACGACAAUAUCAAAACAUACCAGCAGUGCAGAUACCACUAAGACGUCAGUGCACCAAACAGAAAGUACGACCACCAUUGCAUCAACAACUUCAUCAACAACACCUACCAGCAGUACCAGCACGACCAAGACAACACCCCCUGUAACAACAGGAACAACAAACAUUGCACCCACAAGUGCAGGAACCAUCACACCUACCAGCAGUGCCAGCACCACCAAGACCACUCCUCUUACAACUGGGAGCACAACCGCCACGACCCCUCCCCCAACAAACAGCUGCCAGCCGCGCUGUGCCUGGACGCAGUGGUUUGAUGUGGAUUUCCCAAGCUCUGGUAGCCAGGAUGGAGACUUUGAGACCUAUGCAAAUAUCCGUGCCGCUGGUUAUGACCUGUGCUCCCAGCCGCAGGACAUCAGCAAAGAAUGUGAAAUUGCUCCAUUUCAGGGGCCAUGUCCUGCAACAACUGCUUUAACUUCGGUGUCCUCAGAGACUACAACAGAAGCCCCCUCAUCCACAGCAACAUCCCUCACAGAUUUACCAGAAAGAAACUGUACUGAUGUCAAUCCUCCACGAAAGCCUGGAGAGGUAUGGACAACGCAGUGCCAGGAGUGUGUCUGUGAUCCAGACACUGCCACGGCAGAAUGUCGGCUGCUCCCAUGCGAUAUAGAGGAAGUAGUUUGUGACGUAGGAUUUAUUGCCUUACCUGUACUACCAGUAACAGACCCCUGCUGUCCUGAACUUGAAUGCCGGCAACGUUCAAACACCUGUGAGAUUAAUGGUAAAAUAUAUGAGAGUGGAACAUUUGUAAUAGAUUCAUGUAAGAAUUGUACCUGCUCUUCUGAGAAUGGGAAAAACAUUGUGAAGUGCGAAGCACUUAAAUGUGAAACAUCUUGUCCACUGGGUCAGCAAUAUAAGAUUGAGGAUGGAGAGUGCUGUGGGAAGUGUGAAGUAUCAUCUUGCAGAAUUCAUCUAAAUAACGAGACUGUUCUGCUCGAAGUUGGUAAGAUUCUGCCACUUGAUCUGUGCAGCCACUACAAAUGUGAAUUAAUUGAAGACCAAUACGUUGCAGUUCAAACGAAACGAGUAUGUCCCGACUACGGUCCACUGGAGUGCGAUCCCGAUGAAGCAGAGACUACUCCUGAUGGCUGCUGCAAGAUAUGUAAACCCACUAACUGCAAAGCUUACAGCACAAAAACUGUAAUCCAAUACGAAGACUGUGAAUCUCCUGAAGCUGUUGAGUUGGGAUAUUGUGAAGGGACUUGUCCUGGCUCCUCCACGUAA